AUGCAAGAAGUUCAGAGUGAACGCUUCACAAUGUUGGUCAUGGUUGCAAUCUUAUCAAUGAGAACAAAGUUCACUUUCCAGACCACAUUGUUCGCAGGUCCAGUUCAGUCAGGUUUUUUGCCCCGAAAACAGGCAACCAUGGACCGCAACCGGUCUAGGACUGACCCAGAUAUUGAGGGAACCGAACCGAACCACCUAGGACCGGUCUUUUGCGGUCCAUGGACCGUGUUCAAACCGAUUCAGACCGGUUUUUUUGUGUAAAAUUUAUUGUACCAGUAUAAACCAUUUGUAUCUCGAUUAUUAUUACUCUAAAAAAUGAACUGGUUAUAUAUCAUAGUAAAACAUAUAAAUACCCAUCAUUCUACCAAUUUUUAAGAAAUUUAAUGAAGGCUUGACAUA